CUUGCCUACAAUAUAUAUCCAAUUAUGUCUGGUGGUUCUACACUGCUUUUAAAAAAAUAGAAUAAGAGAGAGUACACAGACAUAGUACUUGUGCCGAGGAAAAGGGAUAAAAUGGAAAGAAGAAAAUGCAGAAAAGGCCAAAAGAGAUGAAAAAAAGAAAAAGAAAAGAGGAUAGGAAGAGAGAGAUACUUGGUUUAGGUUGGUUGGUAAAUGGUAAACCUCGAACUCUCUGUCUAGCUCAAUGGCAACGACAAAGGCGGCUCUUCUUCUCCCGUGGCUUUUGCCAUCGCCGCCGAGACACUUCUCCUCCUCCUCCUCCUCCUCCUCCUCAUCCCUGUUCGUCGACUCGUGCGUGAAGAAGAGGAGGAUAGCGCAAGACGUAGCAGUCUCCGUCGCCUUCAAUCCUUCUGGCAACUUCGAUAUCUCUGCCUUCAAUAAUGACGACGAUACUUUGGAUAAAGUGGAACCUCCGAUGCCUCCCACGACAGGCCGGUACGAGGUUGUGAUCGACAACGACUCGAUCGGGCGGCUUGACCUAUCCCCGUUUCAGACAGCUACCGGCAUAACCUCACCUUCCUCAGCUGAACCAAAAAGGUAUAUGGAACGAAGUAUUGGAUUCAGCAUAAAGUACAAAAGAGAAGACCCGAGGGAUCCGCGUGAGCUGUCAGAGUACCCGGAGAUAAGACUGUGGUUCGUGAGGCUCGACGCCAUGUACCCUUGGCUUCCCGUUCUGCUGGACUGGCGAGCUGGGGAACUCGCUCGAUACGCGGCAAUGCUAGUCCCGCACCAGAUGAGCUUGAGAAUGGGCGUCGUUUUCAAUCCCGAGGCGUUGGAGCUUUUCGUCAUGAACAAAGUGUUUGUGGUUUAUCCGUGGCUGAAACGGCACGGCGUCCCCAAGCCCAGGUUGAAGACCACCGACAUGGCCAGGAUGCUCGGCUUCGGCAUCGGCGAUCAGCUCUUCGACUUGAUCGAUCAGGAGGACAACAACUUCUUCGGCCCUUGAUUACAUUACGUGGGCCUUUAAUAUUGGGCUUAUAUUGAUUGAUUGAUGAGGCCUGAUCUGGGGAUAUACUGAGAUUGGAUUCUCUCGCGUUUUUGAUUUCCUUUGUUUAGUAUGAUUUAGUAUGUGCACCUCUUCUCCCUGGACUCUAUGCUUCUGGGCUUCAAUUUCACGCGAUGAUUCCAUA